AUGGAAUCAAGAUCAAGAGAAACUACUCCUAAAAAAGAGGAUUUAGAUUUUAUAGUUGAUGAUGGAUAUAGACAUGAUGAGGAUCCAGAUUAUAUUCCAAAAGAAAAAUAUGUUGUUACAGGACCAGAGUUUAAGAGAUUAACCAAAAAUGCUAAAAAACUUGGUGCUGAAUCACUUGAUUAUUCAAAUCGUAAAAAUAACAAAUACAUGGCUACACUUCCAGGUGGAAAGAAAGUUCACUUUGGGUCACCUAAAUAUCCAGACUACACUAUUCACAAAGAUAAAGAGAGAAGAGAUAAAUAUCUGUCUCGUGCUAUGAAGAUUAAAAAUAAAAAGGGAGAAUUAACCUAUAAUAAUCCAGAAUCAUCAAACUUUUGGUCAGUUCAUUUACUUUGGCCUAAAAAAUAAAAUUGUUUUAUGAUUUAAAGAUUAAAUAAAUAUUAAUAAAAUGCAGUUGUCAAGCUACGAAAAUAUUACCCAAGAGAAUAUUAUCUUUAAUGAACCCAAAGAGUACAAAGUAAAAGAUAGUAAGAUUAAAUACAAACGUAUUCCAAUUGAAGUUAAAUACCCAAAUGGAAAGAAAGGAUCACUUGUAGUUGAAACUCCAGAUUUUUUCAGUUUUGGGGUUAGUGAAAAAAAAAAUCAAGAAACAGGUAAAUUGGUCGGUUAUAGUAUUCCAGUAUGUCUUUGGGCUCGCGAUAGUGAACCAAAUAAUAAAGAAAAAGCAUUUUUUGAUGUUAUUAAUAUUUUAAAAACUUUAUCUCAACAACAUUUAGAGAAUGAAUAUGGACCAGAUUUAGCAUCAACUUUAUCUUUACCAUUUUACUAUAAACAAAUAGAAUACACAGAUAAGAAAGGAAAAAAGAGAACAAAAAAAGAUGAAUCAUCAGCACCAAUUCUUUAUGCAAAACUUAUUUACUCAGAAAAAACAAAUAAAAUAUUAUCUUUGUUUAAGGGGAAGAGAGGUCGUGAUUUAAAUCCUUUUAAAUAUAUUAACCAGUACUGCCGUGUUAAAUUAGCACUAAUAAUUGAAGGAAUUUUUAUAAGUAAGACUGUUACAUCUUUACAAAUAAAAGUACACGAGUGUUAUGUUAAAGAAUUAGAACCUAGAAAGAGUUUACUUAAAAUUGAUGAAAAAAGUAGUGAUAGUGAUAGUGAUAGUGAUAGUGUUAGUGAACAGAUAACUGAUCAAGUAGUUGAACAAUUAUUUUUAUCGGAUGAAGAAAAAAAAGAAUAA